AUGCGCCCUCUAAUCUCUGUGCCCCAUGCACCCCAAACUUAUUCUGAUUCCCUCACCCAUCCCUCCCUCCUACCCUCUCCACGUGUCCCACAAGGAGCCCCUCCACCAUCGCCACACCCUCCCGUUUCAUCACACCGCCGGUUCCUGUCUCCCUUGGACCCUGACCCUGUUGCCAGCUUUGACUCAAGAAGAUGCUCUAAGAGGGCGUUUUCAAAUUCCAAUCUUGGGAUUGGUUUUAAAUGUUUAAGUCAAAGUAUGCGUGUUGGGUCUUGUUUUGUUGUUCUUUUGAAUUGUUUGGUCAAUGAUGAGAUUAUUUGUUUAUUUAUAUUCCAAUUGAAUUGUGAUUGGAUUUGGCUUUCUGCGUGGUCCUUGCGUCUUAAUCUGGGGUAUAAUCCUGUUGUGGCAUUGCUCUUGCUGGUGGCAUUGAGCAAUGCCGUUAGAGUUAGUGCAAAUGGUGGGCAAUGUGGUUCCAACCCAACACUAGACCCAAGACCACACAGUGUCUCCAUUUUGGAGUUUGGUGCAGUUGGAGAUGGUAAAACACUCAACACCAUUGCAUUCCAGAAUGCCAUCUUCUAUCUCAAGUCAUUUGCCGAUAAGGGUGGCGCUCAGCUCUAUGUUCCUCCGGGUAAAUGGCUCACUGGAAGCUUCAAUCUUACCAGCCAUCUCACCCUCUUUUUGGAAAAAGGUGCUGUCAUUAUUGGAACUCAGGAUCCGUCUCAUUGGGAUGUUAUUGAACCCUUGCCUUCUUAUGGACGAGGGCUUGAAGUACCUGGGGGAAGAUAUCAGAGCUUGAUAAAUGGAUACAUGUUACAUGAUGUGGUCGUAACAGGUAAUAAUGGAACCAUUGAUGGCAUGGGAAUGGUUUGGUGGGAGUGGUAUAGCUCCCAUUCCUUGAACCACAGCCGGCCUCAUCUGGUUGAAAUUGUGGCAUCUGAUUAUGUGGUGGUUUCAAAUCUUACAUUCUUGAACGCCCCAGCUUAUAGCAUACACCCAGUUUAUUGCAGCCAUGUACAUAUUCAAAAUGUUUCAAUCUCUACUCCUCCGGAGUCCCCUUAUACUGUUGGUAUAGUGCCAGAUUCUUCUGAUUAUGUGUGUAUAGAAGAUUGUAUUGUUGCAAUGGGGUUUGAUGCAAUCUCUCUUAAAAGUGGCUGGGAUGAGUAUGGCAUUGCUUACGGCAGGCCCACUGAGAAUGUACACAUUAGAAGGGUGCAUCUUCAUGCAUUUUCUGGCUCUGCUCUUGCAUUUGGCAGUGACAUGUCCGGUGGCAUUUCAAAUGUUCUAGUGGAGCAUGCUCAUCUUUUUAACUCAAACAGUGGCAUUGAGUUUAGAACCACCAAAGGAAGAGGUGGUUAUAUGAAAGAUAUUGUUAUAUCAGACAUACAAAUGGAAAAUGUCCACACAGCAAUUGCUGCCACUGGUAAUUGUGGGUCUCAUCCUGAUGACAAGUUUGAUCCAAAUGCACUCCCAGUUUUGGACCACAUUACGUUGAGGGAUCUCACAGGUACAAAUAUUACCAUUGCUGGAAACUUCGCUGGAAUAGAGGAAUCCCCUUUCACAAACAUAUGCCUUACCAACAUAACCUUGUCUACAAAUUCUGUUUCUCCCGUUACUUGGGAAUGCUCGAAUGUGUCUGGAUUUUCACAUUCAGUGCUCCCAGAACCUUGUCCCGAACUAGGAAACCCCUCAUAUGAUUCUUCCUCGUCCUGUUUCUACCUUCGGAGUAUCAGUGGAAAAACUUCAGUGCAGUGA